AUGCUUUCGCGAAAUACUGAACUUGGUCGAUCCUCUGCGCUGACAAUCAAAUUUCGCUCAUCCCGGCUGAAACAGCCCGUCAUGCUUCGUUUAAACUUUGCUGUACUCGCUGCAGCACUUUUCAACGUAUCACAUGCUCAAAAUCAGACUGAUACUGAGUCCACUGUUCAGUUUCUCCUUCCCGGCUACUGCUGCACCGUUUUAACCCUCAGCGCUGUUUCCAAGCGUGUCACUUAUCCCGGACAAGAUGCAUACGAAAGUAGUCUUGAUUCGUACUUUGACGGAAAGAGCCGGUUGACGCCUAGCUGUAUCGUGCAACCAAAGACCGCUGAAGAGGUCUCUACAACUGUGAAGGUUCUUACGACCGCAAAUCUUCUCAAGCCUUGCCAAUUUGCCAUACGGUCUGGGGGUCAUACUCCGAUCCCAGGCUCCAACAAUGUCGAAGAUGGUGUGACCAUUGAUCUGCUGCACAUGAACAGUACCACAUACAACGCCAGUACCAAGAUAGCAAGUAUCUUACCAGCUGCGCGAUGGGGUUCGGUGUACGAAGCUCUUGAGCCACUAGGUCGCAUGGUAGCUGGUGGUCGCGGCUCUACUGUUGGUGUCGGAGGUUUUCUUCUGGGUGGCGGAAUCUCACACUACGCCCCUCGUGUUGGACUGUCCUGCGACAACGUGAUCAACUUCCAAAUUGUCCUUGCUGAUGGGCGCAUCGUGAAUAGUAACAAGAACACAAACGCGGACCUCUUUACCGCUCUCAAGGGUGGAAGCAGUAACUUCGGCAUUGUGACCAGAUACGAUAUGGAGACUUUCCCGAGCGAGAAUUUGUGGGGAGGUAUCGUCACCUAUCCCGCAUCGACCGCCGACCAGCAUUUCAAAGCUCUUAUCAACUUCGGUCUGAAUCCAGAAAGAGAUCCUAACGCCGCCUUAAUCGUCUUCCAGGGCUACUCGACCGCCAGCCCCACUGACGUCGUACGGGCUGCUUUUGAUUACACAAAGCCUGUGGCUCGUCCGGAUGCUUACAAGGAAUUCUUCGCCGUCGCCAACAAUCUCAGCGACACCACAAAAAUACAACCAAUGAGUGCAAUUGCCGCUGAAUUUGGCAGUGAUACGACUAAGAGGGUCCAAUUCCGCACUCUUUCGUUCAAGAUUGACCUCGCAACCCUCCAAGAGACUGCCCGGCUUUAUAAAAUCAUGCUCACAGAGCUUCAAGCCAAGGCCUCUGGCCAGUGGCGCGUGUCCUGUCUACAUCAAGUAUGGUCCACAAGUUACACUGCAAACAGCACAGCCAGAGGUGGUAACGCUCUUGGGAUGGAGCGCUACAGUGAGAACUUCAUCAUGUACCAGUCAUAUCUGUCUUGGUCCGAGGCCAAAGACGACGAACUCUUCAUGAAUCUCGGGGUCAUGUUGACCGAUGGCAUUCAGAAGUUUGCGGCUGACAAGGGCACCGCUGUGGACUACCUCUACCUUAACUAUGCUGAUAAGGACCAAGAUCCUCUUUCCGCUUAUGGUGCUGACAAAGUGUCGUUCAUGAAAAUGGUCGCACAGAAGUAUGAUCCUCUUGGUGUCUAUCAGAAAUUACUUCCUGGAGGGUUCAAGAUCUCUCGUCUGUAA